AUGAUCAGUCUGGGGAUCUCAAGGCAGCCGGGCGCGGAAGCUCUUGAUGAAAGCGUGAUAAGAUCUGCUGAGGACGAGGGAUGGGUCAAAUAUUCCAAAUUCAAACUACACCUGCGUCCUAAAUGGGCUCGCACAACAGAAAUAAAUGAAGCUAUCGUGCCUCUUCCACCUGGGAAAGACAUUGUCGAAGUCUUCGGCGACUUUUAUGCGUACUUGGUCGAGUGCACCAUGACAUUUAUACAAGAGUCGCAUCAAAAUGGCGCCUACCUUUUAGCUUCCGUUCAAGAUCACAUUGAAUUCGUUCUCAGCCAUCCCAAUGGUUGGGAGGGUGCUCAACAACGGAAACUGCGUAGGGCGGCCGUUUAUGCGGGGUUAAUACCCGAUGACGACAAAGGCCACGAACGAAUCCACUUUGUGACAGAAGGUGAAGCGAGCCUUCACUUCUGCAUCGAUCAUGGUCUCUCCCCAUAUAUCACUGAUGGGGAAGGCGUUAUGGUUGUUGACGCUGGAGGGGGAACUAUCGAUAUCAGUACAUACUCUAGUAUUUCAUCCAGUACUGGUGUCGACCAGUCAUUCGAAGAGAUUGCCGCUCCUACAUGUCUUUUUUCGGGUUCCAUAUUCGUUACCCGCCGUGCUCAUUCAUUCUUAUGGAAGAAGCUGAAAGGCUCCCCAUAUGCACAAGAAGUGGGGCUUAUUGCAGACUGCUUUGACAAAACGACGAAACAUCGCUUCAGGAAUGCAAAUGAACCUGCUUACAUCAAGUUCGGUACAAUGAGAGAUACUGAUAUUCAGCUGGACAUUCGCUCUGGGCAGCUGAGGCUGGAAGGCUCUGAUGUUGCCAGUUUUUUUGAGCCUUCUGUCUCGUCCAUUAUAAGGGGGAUUGAUGGCCAACGUUCCAUAGCUACGAAGCAUGUUUCAUCCAUCUUUCUUGUGGGCGGGUUUGCUGCCAACACGUAUCUAUUCUCAAAGAUGCGCCAGCACAUAGAACCAGCUGGAUUGUCUUUUUGUCGCCCUGACAGCCACGUGAACAAGGCAGUUGCGGACGGUGCCGUCUCGUUUUAUAUCCGUGAUAUCGUUUCGGUCAGGGUGGCUAAAUAUAACUAUGGCUCGAUAGUGAACACCCGCUUUCUGCCAUUGCACAUUGAACAUGCUCGGCGGAAAGAUCAGGUUUUCAUAGGCGCAGAUGGCGACGAUAGAUUAGGGGGACAAUACAGCAUCACGUUACCCAAGGACACCCGAGUGUUCAAAACCCAAGAGUUUCGUACUUCGUAUUGGCGAUAUCGUAGAGAAAAAUCGAACAUGAACACAAUAGAGGUCGACGUAUUAUGCUACCGCGGACAUGAAAUCAAUCCUCGUUGGAUGGACAGAGAACCAGAUAACUAUUCCGUUCUGUUUACCGUUGUAGCCAAUACCAGUAAAGCCGCAGAGUCACUCAAGGCUUUGCCUCGGAAGGGUGGCGGGUUUUAUUAUUCCCUUACAUACGAUAUUGCCAUCUGCUUUGGUCAGACAGAGUUAAAGGCGCAAAUCUGUUGGAAGGAGGAUGUGAGCUCAUUUCCACAAUUCUACCAAUAUCAUCAGCUUAUCAAAAAUCCCCAAAGGGCGUCGAGAAAAGGUGGGAUCAUUGUUAUACAAAUCUCUGAUACUGAGUUUUCCGUCGACUAG